AAUGCAAGGCCCUAUGACAGAAAAUAAUAAUGUGCCGCCUAGAGUACUUGUCAUUGACAGUCCAUUGGCAACGCCUGACUUUAGAGCGUACAGAAUACGGCAAUUAAUUGACGGGGUGACACAGACAUCCUUUGUUAGAGUUCUUUCUAUCCUAUCGAUAGCAUUUAAAAUACUGCAAAUAGGAAUAAAUGCAGCAGUACUUAUUAUUACACGAAAUACAGAGACACAAACACCUUUUAAGCUAUUUAUUGUUGUAUACACUGCAUUAGUAGCCGCACACACAGUGUCAUUUGCAAUAAGACACUGGGGGUAUAUUUUCAACCAAGAACCUUUGGAAUUCACACAAAGUGCAGAAUCCACUCUGUUUAACAACCUAUUAGAUAUUUUAACACUUUUCCUGUACUUUAUUGGGUUUAAGUGGUUGCAGCAGUACCAUUCUUCAAAAGAUGAAAUUCCUAUUCUGUACAACCUCACUAGAAUCUGGGUGUUCUACGGUAUUGCUAUUGUAUUAGCACCAAUAUUCUCAGUUAUUCUGAUUCUUUUACUGCUGAAUUAUGUCCGGCCAACACUUCCCGUGAUUGAGUACACACUCGGAGGAAAGAUAAAAGAAGAAGAUGCACAGUGUACAAUAUGUUUAGCACCAUACGCCGAAAAAGAACAAAUUAGAAAAUUGCCGUGUAAGCACCAUUUCCACAUGACAUGUAUUGAUGAAUGGUUUGGAAUAGAUGAUGUCUGCCCUCUCUGUAAGAGGCCAAUCAACCCUCUAUAUGAUAUUGCAGGUACAUCUAUUUAGUUACAAUAUAGAAUCUGUUGAUUUAUUGUGCUACACAAAUAAUUAGAAUAAUAAAUCCUAAGCCAGAAUAUAAAUAGCCCG